UUAACGGCGACGGUUUGGCUUGUUUCGUCGCUUGAAAUUGGAAAACAGUCUCUCUCUCUCUCUGACUGCCUCGCUCGCCGCUCUCUUUGCGCUGCUGCUGUUGCAGAGAUUCGAAGAUCCCAAGAGUGAACGACCAACGACACAUCCAUGUUAAUGCCACGUUUUCUGGGCCUGAACGACAGCUCCUCGACGUCUGGCAGUCAUGGAGCUGCAGGAGCCCCCGCAAGCUCCGCUUCUUCGCCGACAACGGUGGCCGCUCACACGAAGAUGCGUUUGCUGAGCAAAGUGGAGCAAAACAUGCGUCAGAGCCAAGGUCACAUACCGAGCCAUCAAACGAGCGGCCAGGACGUCAACCACCUCCUGCACACGGCAUCCACUGGCAACGGAGUGGUGGGCGAUGUCGACGGACUGCUAACGCCCAUGCGCAUUAAAGCGCAUUUGUCGCCACCCUACUCCGCCAACAGUUCCGGCAAGUCCGAAUCCAUGGGCUCGAGCUCUCGGCCGGAACGCAACCUGUGGAGCCGGGCCGAGAUGCUGGAGAUGCUGAGCAUUAUGCAGAAUCUAAACGCCCUGGAGCAGCUAAAUGACCGGAACAUGAAGAGCGAACACGUCUUCCGGCAGAUCGAGGAUGUGAUGCGCAGCAAGGGCUAUGUGAAGAAGUCCAGCAUCCAGAUCUGGACCAAGUGGAAGUUCCUCAAGUCCACGUACAACACCACAACGCGUCAAGGCACCGGGGUGCCUAAAGUGGUGCCGGAGGAGGUGUACCGUGUGCUCUGCCGAAUGCUGAGGGACACAAACUACAGCGGCAGCAGCAGCAAUGUCAACGGCAGCCUCAGCGAAUGCGGCAACUCGAUGGACAGCACCAAAACAGUUGGCGAAGAGCCCAAGGAGGACAUCCUGGGCGUGGAGCAUCCCAUAUUUGGUUUCCGAUUGGGACCCAUCAAACCAGAGCCAAUCGAUACAGGCUAUGAGACGUCUCAGAAGCCAGACAUGGUGUCCGAACCAGAUAUGGAAGCCAUUGACUACGAGGCAGAGAGCUCCCAGACCGACAAUCACGACCAGGAGGAUGUGCCCCAUUUGCCGUUUAUAGUGUCCGUGAAACAUGAACCCGACAUGGACCUGGGCAUGGACACCACCAACACGCCGCCGCCCACGGCACCAGCAUCGCCCUCGCCACCUCCCGUGGCGCUGGAUGAGACCGACGACGAUCUGCCGUAUUCAUCCACCCCGGUCUCCGCUCUCCCUCCACUGCGCGUAGCCUCCUUUGCCAAGGACGAGUUGCGACGCCCCUCUCACGGCAUCCUGCAGAUUGAUCGGCCUCCGCCAACGCUCACCAAGAUGGGACACCAGAUACCCAGUCCGGGCCAGGCGAGCCGAUCCAUGCCGCUCCAGAGCACCAGCAGCAUAAACUUUGUGCAUCCGCACAGCAAGCUGAUGCUACCCCGCAAGCAGAACCCAAAUAACAGCCAACCCGGGCUGCGUCUGCCCAGGGACAUCAGUGUCCAGCCGACGGGCAUGCGGAUGAAGACGGUGCCCAUGCGGGAUACGGGUUACUCACUGCGGCCGGAGCGGAUGAUUCCCGACCUGGAUCAGGUCACGUCCAGUCCCCCACAGUCGCCGAUGGCCGCUCUCUUGGGCCGUGGACCGCCGCCCAAGUAUCCGAUGGCCGGGCAACAAAGUGGUGCCUCUACCAGCAGACAGGCUCACAUGAUGUCUUCCCACCAGUUGACUCCGCAGCAGCACCAGCAGCUCCAGCCGCGAAAGCGUCGCCUGGGUCAAAGUCCGGUUAUGGGCAUGCCAGUGGUGCCUGUUAAGCUGCAGCGCAGCUCCAAUAUGUACGAAUCGACUCCGAAAGGCAUUCGAUCUCAAUCUGGCAUAGGCGAAGAAAGCAAAAAAAAGACCAGCGAAGAAGAAACGAAGCAGCGCAAGAAGCGGCAGGAGGAUCUGUUCGCCAAAGAGCUCUCCCAACUGGCCACCGCGUUGCGCUCGGCCCAGAAGGAGAUGCUGCAGGACUUCUUCAUGCAGCAGAAGGAGAUUGCGCGGCGGGAGCACGAGUUUCAGCUGAAGCAGGAUACGAUGGUAAUGCGGGCACUGCGCAAGCAAACGGAUGUGUUGCUUAAAACCGCCAGCGAGUUGGCCAAUGGAACUUCUGAGGCAGCUAAAAGUGAACCGGAGCCUAAGCACGGUGCCGUUCCCGAAACUCAGAUGUCGGUUGAACCAGAAACAGAGAGGAAAAUCCUAGAAAGCGAAGAGGAGAAUAUUGAUGGAGAUGGGGAAGAAGAUGACGAUGUGGAGGAAACUAUGGGAGAGCCAGAAUGCGAAGACGAUGAAGUAGAAGAUGAGGAUGACAACGACGAAGAGGAGGAUGACGAGGAUAUCGAGGAGGACGAUGAAGAACACCUGGGCAUUGACAGCGACCUAGAAAUGCCCACCCUAGCCAUGUCCGAGUGCUCCACGCAAGUUGAAGUCAUCAACGAGGAACAGUAGUUGGCUUUGCCACCAACAUUAAAGUCUCCAUCUCCAAGUAUUACCCCAAAAAGAUAAACACCAUUGUUAAUACCGAUUCAUUCCAAUCGCAUUCCUUAAGCUAUAUAUAUACUAUAUGUAUUCCUAGAGCCAGACCCGCGCAUUGUUAAAAGACUUGAUUAUAUUUAAGCAUUAUUUCAUAAAUGAAACCUAAAGUAAACUAAAAUGUAUUUAUUGUUCAUCGACCGUCUAUGCCCCAAAGUGCUGUAAAGUUAAUGAAACCAGAAAAUACUUAGGUAACCAUAUGAUAUAUAUCAAAAUAUAUAUGUACCUUGUACAAUAACUGAAAA